AUGAUGCUGUCCGACAACCCGCAAUCUCAGCAUCUCGAGAUCGAGAUCGCCCAGCUCGAGGCUCGACUGCAGGACAUGCGGGCCCAGCUUGGCGCCUCUCAAUACCCCAGUCCUCCCUCGUCCCACCCCGACCAGAAGACACCCUGGGCCAUGCCUGCAGAUAUCUAUAAACACAACAAUAUUAAGAAUCAAUUCCACACGGAGGUCCGCUCCUCUUCCCUCCAUGCGCUCCUCCUUCUCUCCGACUCCGCUCUGCCCCUGGGCUCCUUCGCAUACUCCAGCGGGUUGGAGUCCUACCUCGCGCAUAAUAAAUCCCUCCGUACCAACCCGGUCGCCUCCUUUCACCGGUUCCUAAAAUUAUCCAUCGCUUCCAUCGCCAGUACUUCUCUACCAUAUGUCCUAGCUGGCUACCGCCAACCCGAUACCCUGGACACCCUUGAUAACGAUCUAGACGCAUCUACCCCCUGUAUCGUCGCCCAACGAGCCAGCGUGGCCCAGGGCCGUGCUCUGAUCGGAGUCUGGGAGCGCGCGUUCCGCGUCAGCUUCGCAAGUCCCAGCAGGGACGUGGACACGGGUGCGCAACUCGCCGUCACCGCCAUCGAUGAGUUCUCCGACGCACUGAAGUCUUUUUUCGGCGAAGAUGAUGAAUACGACAUCGGUCCCAAGGGCCACUUCGCUCCCCUAUGGGGAGUUGUAUGCCGUGCUAUGGGGUUGGAUCUCCACCAAACCGCAUAUGUCUUCGUCCUCAACCAUGCCAAGGCAGUGUUGAGCGCUGCCGUGCGGGCCUCAGUGAUGGGUCCAUAUCAGGCUCAGAAUAUCUUGGCAAGCCAGACCUUGCAGGAUACUAUAAUGAAGCGCAUUGAGCGCGAGUGGGAGACAGAGGUGGAGCAGGCCGGGCAGGUAGUCCCGGCCCUAGACCUGUGGGUUGGCCGACACGAGCUGCUCUACAGCCGGAUUUUUAACUCAUGA